UAUGUCAUUUAAGAGAAAAAUAACCAAAAUGGUAUAAAAGAAUGAUUCUGAAGCAGUAUUUAUCAUAUACUAUUACGACUGCUUUGAACAAAGAAUUUCUAAAGAUGAUGAGAUUCCAGACCUUUUUCUUUUUGAUGGCAUUGACCACCAUGGCAAUAGCCGUUUAUGCACCAACUGAAAAACAUGCAUUAGAUAGACAUGGAGUGGAAAAGGUUUUGCUGGUCGAGAACCAAGAUGGAAGAAACAUCAACAGGCGUCGAGGUCGCGAAUCUCUUUCUGUACUGGAUGUUAUUGAUGCAGGUAGACGAGCAGGAUCAAGAGCUGGAGCUGUUGGAACAUCUCAUGGAAUAGGAAAUGAAUUUCUAACACACGGGUCAUCAGCCAGUAUAGGAUUGUCUGGUGGUUCUCUUGGAAGUAGGACCUCUGUAUCAAGAGGCACUUUAGCUGGUUUGUCUCGUGCUUUAUCUGACGAUGACAGUAUCAGUAAUUGUCAUUAUGGGUGUGGAGAAGACAAGUUAUGUCGUUUAGGACAUAAAUGUGUACAUGAUGGUUGUAGCAGUUACUGCGUCGAAAUUUCUUCUAGCAGGUCAUCAUCUGGCUUGACCAGAGUUUCAAGUAAUGAUGGUCAUAUAUCAUCUGGCAGCAGAAUUGGUACAUCUGGUUUGGCUAGAAAUUUUGAUCUCUCUCGCAGUUCUCGUUUGGAAACCAUAAGUAGUGGCCGUGGAGUGUCUGGUCAUUCGGGUUCUGAUAUUCUUGACGCAAUCAGCUCUGGACGUGUUGGACUAGACAUAGUUGAUUCCAGACGCAGUGGAUCAGGCCGUAUCUCUGGUUCGAGACUCGUUUCUAGGUCAGUAGUAGGAGGCAAAACUGAUUGCAAAAAUGACUGUUUUAGUGAUGGAGAUUGUCCAACGAGCAAAUACUGUGCAUCUGUAAAUUGUCACAUGAUUUGUAGAAGACGACCGUCUAAAGGAUACACAGGGUGAAAAGCCUAUCACCGAAAUCCAGACUUGAAAAUCUUAUUUAUAUUUUUUUACAAUAAAAUAUUACAUUCA